AUGCAUUUCCCUCGACUAUCGCGGGCCGAAGGAGCCUUUGUGCUGGCACUGCUGUUGGCGCCCUUGCCGGCGGCUGCGAUGCUCGAUUGCAAACACAUCCGAGUCGACGACGUCUCAUUCAACCUCGAGGCGCUAGGCGGACCACACAGCGUCGUGACCAGCCAGUGGCAUCCUCCUACAUACACCAACACAUCCUACACCGUCGAUAUCUGUGCCCCCUUGAAGCGCAAAGGAGACGUCAAGAAGGAGGAACAGUGCCCUAGUUUCACAAGAGGCGACGACAAGAAGGACGAGGUCGAGAAAGUGAUACCCAUCGCCGGCGAGCUGGGCGACCACGGCGGAAGCAAACUGGACGCCACAGCAGAACGACUCAAGUCGAGCGACUCCAACUCGGACGCGAAGAAGGAGGGUGUCCGCCUGAUCCUCAACGGAGGCUCGUAUCCGCUGGGUAAGAACGGCAGGAACCAAAAGGCCAUCAUCGAGUUCCUAUGCGAUCGUGACAGGACGGGUCUCGAAGGCGAGGUCAAGCCCGAGGACCAGUACGACGGCAGCCAGUUCCGCGCGCGCGAGGAAGGCAAGGAGGGCGAGGAUGACGGACCUUCGCCCGACGAGAAGCAGGUUCUGUUGAAUGGGACGGCCUUGAUCUGGAAUAGCUAUGGCCCGAACGAGAAGAACGACAUGGAUGUGCUGAGGUUGACCUGGCACACCAAGUACGCGUGCGAGGACGCGUACGAUAAGCCGCCUGCGGAGGGUGGCAGUGGCGGUGGCGACACGAGCAGCCACUGGGGCUUCUUCACCUGGCUCUUUGUCUUGGCUUUCCUCGGUAUCGCUGCAUACCUCAUCUUCGGCUCGUGGCUGAACUACAACCGAUACGGUGCUAGGGGCUGGGAUCUUUUGCCGCACGGAGACACCAUUCGCGAUAUCCCUUACCUGGUGAAGGACUGGACUAGGAACGUGCUCAACACCGUGAACACUAGCGGUGGCCGGGGCGGAUACAGUGCCGUCUAG